AUGGCGAAAUUUAGACACAAUAAUCUCAACAUAAAAUUCGUAACUGAACUCCUCUUCACCUCUACCCUACUCCAUCUACAACGACUCCUUAAAUUUACAAACCCUAGUCCAGUUGCGGUUCUAGUCAAAACAGACCAAAAGAAAUAUUGUACCAUUAACGGAAGAAGUGCAGGGGGGUUGCUUAUUGGUGCUGUUGUGAACAUGAGACCUGAUUUAUUUAAGGCUACUGUAGCUGGAGUACCAUUUGUAGAUGUUGUGACUACAAUGCUUGGUCCAACUAUUCCUCUUACAAUUGCAGAAUGGGAGGAAUGGGGUGAUCCUCGGAAAGAAGAGUUCUACUUUUACAUGAAAUCAUAUUCACCAGUUGACAAUGGAUACCACCGUUUAAUGCAGAAUCUCCACAGGGUGCAGCAAGUCUUUGCCAACAUUAUGAACAGAGAUAUAACAUGGACCAAGAUUCCUGAGGAGAUGAGCUAUGAAGCAUAUGAUCUGAUUAAUAAGUUGCUGACUGAAAAUCCAGCUCAACGCCUUGGUUUCAUAGGGGCUGUACAGGUAGAGAUGCACCAUUUCUUUAAGAAUAUCCACUGGGACACACUUGCAAGGCAGAAGGCUACAUUCAUACCAUCUGCUGAGACUCUGGACACGAGUUAUUUCAUGAGCUGGCUGGGUGAUGAAUGUGGUAACCUGGAAGAAUUUGGUGCUUCAACUCUCAAUGUGAAUUACUCAUUCAAUAAUUUCUCAUUUAAGGUGAAUGCUCUGUUAUCUUAUUUAGAGAUCGAUAAUCAUGAGGGGUUGGUUAGGGAGCACAUGCCUGGUAGAUACGCAGAGCUGGAACAGUAUUGGGGGGAGUCGCAAGUCAUGGGGCCUGGGCCCCGUGCAGAUGGUUGGGCUGAUGAAUUUUCCCAAGAACACGGUGGGGACCCAAAUGCUUGGGCUUUAUCCUUUGAGCAACAACAUGGAGCAAACGCAGAUGAUGUCUGUGGUCCGAAUGGCAGGUCUUCAACCUUCACAAACAAUGAUUGGACACUUACUAGAAAUGGAGUCGAGAUCAAAGAGCUUGGGAAAGGCAUAAAGAAAGACGGUAUUUCUCUUGCUGAUCAAAUUCGUGAAGUGAAGAACAAGAAAGCAGAGAUUUUGAUGCAUCAUGGACUACAGUACAAGUUUGAGAUACGAAAGAAUGAAUGGAAAUACUUUGUGCAUUACCUUCUUCUUAAACUCCCACGUUCUCCAAAUGUUUAUGACAUUUUGGCAAAGUAUCUUGAAUACAUGUCAAAGAAAGAUGGGAUGAUGACACAGAUGCACUUGGAGAUAUAA